GCCAGGAGGGGGGGCGGUUAGAGGAGCGGACACGCCGACCGCUCUCUAGACUCUGGGCUGCCGAGAUGUGGAGCCGCGUCUCUGCCGUUGGGAGCCGCAGAAGCGGCGCCUGCCGCUGCCGCCUCCUCUCCUACCCCUGGGGCGCCCAGGACCGGGGACCAGGCAGUAAAACACAGAAGUGCUUUAGCACUAGCACUGGAUUCUACAACAAGGAAGAUGAAUCUGCCACUUCUACAGACAGUAGUGGUGAGAAGGCUUCAGAGAAUCAGGAGAAGGCAACACCAGGAAAUGCAAAGAAGAAUUUGUUGAACAUUAUUAGUGAAAUGAAAGUAGAAUUAAGUUCAAAGAAGACGUUCCAGAUACUAAAAACACUGAAGACCAAGGAGCAAACCAAGGACCAGCCAGAAAGUAUGGAGAGUGCAAGUAGCAUGUUUCAGAAAGCUACAGCAGACAGUAAAGCUAAGAGGAGCAAGCCUCUCAAUCCAGAAUUGGUGGAAGCUGUCUCUGCUGUUGCAUCUUCCUUACCUUUCGACAGGAAACAGACAGUAUCAGAUUUACUUGCACAACUAAGGAAGCAUGAAGAAGCCACUGAUGCACAGAAAAAAGGGGAAACAACUAACAUAAGCAACGUAUUGCAGACAUGA